UUUUUAUCAACCACGAACUCGCGGGCUGACUGCUGGUUGUAGAAUGUAGAUGUAGAAGACUAGAAUGUAGAUUGCAGAAGUGCAAACUACAUAGUGGCGUAGUGCAGGGCUACGACUAUCGCUUCUGUUUUGUGCCUAUUCACUUUUUAGUUUUUAAUUUAUCGCUUUUUUUUACAAACAAUGUUUAUGUCUUUACGACAAAUUCAUUUUAGUAUUAGAUAAUGUUCAAUAAACGUGCGUGAUAAUUUGUGGCCGAGGGCUCUCAUAGCAUAUAUUCGGUGGUUUUACGUAUCACUUAAAAUGUACGAUAAUUGAAAACAAAAAAAAACCUUUUUUUCUGUGUUUCUUAUUAUAGUUGUACAUGGGAUUACAUGUUGUAAAGAAUGCCUAUAAUAAUUAUCAUGAAUAGUUCUAUCUAAAACGAUUGCAUGUUAUUUUAUACAAAGGAAUAUUUUUGUACAAGAAAAAAAACUUUAUUCAAUAUGAUAUUGUCACGAGUCAUAUACAUACAACUUACAGAAUUAAAAUUCAAAAUCAAAUCAAUCACUACUUUCAAAAAAAAUUUCUACAGGUAAUUUUUUAUUAACAAUUGAUUAUAACGUGAAAUAUUUUGUUGUCAAAAAUGGACUAUUUAUUAGCAAAGUUUCGUAAAAAAGAACCAAAAAAAGAAGUUACUUUUGAGGAUCUGCAAGCUGUUCUUUUACGUACACAACCUCCUCCUAAAAAAAAAAAUCUAUCAACAUGUGACUAUAAUGAAAUUUGUCCAAAAGUUUAUGUUGGAGAUUGGAAUACCGCAAAAAAUCUUAAUUUAUUGUUGUCACUGGGUAUCACACAUGUAGUAAAUGCUGCCCAAGGUAUUGGAUUUGGCAUGGUUGAUACAAAUGAACAGUUUUAUCGUCCAUUUAAUAUUCAAUACAUGGGUUUGGCUUUGUGUGAUGAUCCUAAUGUUGCAAUAAAUGAAUAUUUUGAUAGCGUAUCAAAUUUCAUAGAUGACGCACUAUCACAAAAAGGUAAGGUUUUGGUUCAUUGCAUAAUGGGUAUUUCAAGAUCUGCAACAAUUACAAUUGCUUAUUUAAUAAUAAAAAAAGGAUUAAGAGCCAAGGAAGCAGUGGAAAAGGUAAAAAAAGCAAGAGAUAUAAGACCUAACAAUGGAUUUCUUAAACAACUAGCUCAACUUGACAACGACAGAGUACAUAAUAAUAAUAUUUAACAUUGGUGCUGUAAACAUGUAAUAAUAAAAAAAAAUUUAUAUUAAAUUAUUUUCAUAUUAGACUGCA